AUGCCAGCCGAUGUGUUUGAGAACCCGAAUUUUGUUGCUCCGGCCUCCGGUGAGGCAAGCCUCAUAUGCUAUUCGACUUACCAGCGGGAAUUGAACCAGCUCUACUUGAUUGCAUCGCCUGCUCUCAAGACCGUUUUCGGCUCACGCACUCUCAGGACGUCCGAGCAGCUCAACGGUGACACAUAUCUCACACUAGUCAGACAAGUCACCGAGAACCUCCAAAAAUGGCGGUCCUGCCUACCGAGUCAUUUAGCGUUGGAUCUUAAUCGGGACCUCAAUCCCAAUGAUAGGCCGAGCUUGAGGGCAUACGCCCUGCAGUCUCUGUCGCUACAGCUGACUUACGACAAUGUUCUCAUUGUGCUGCAUCGACCUCUGUUAGCACGGCAGGUUGAUCAUCUCUAUACUGUGAAUAAGCAGGCAGCGGAGGAAAGCAGAACAGACAAUACCAUGUAUAAUCCGACCACCGCUCCCUCCGUGGCCCAGUCGCGCUUAUCUCCCGACUCUGCAUUUUCCCAUACCCAGAUCACAAGUCCUGAUCUAUGGAAGAAUGCCGCAACGAGAACAUCGAGAGUCACAGAACUGCCAGCUCUAGCUCAGCUCGCCACCGAAAGCCAUCUCUGCGCAUUUCUCGCCAUCAACCUAUUCAAUGCCGCGAUUGUGUUGGCUGUGAUAGCUCUUUCGGAGCCUCUUUCCGAUACCGCACAGGAAGUGAAACGAACAAUUACUCGCAUUCUGCGCCUGCAAGAUCUGCUUGGAAGACGGUCUGCAUUAUCGAAACAGAGCACGGCUGUGCUGAGGAAUGUCGUAAUUAUGCUUCUCCGUCGUGAAUCAGCUGCCAUGCUUGCUCCCAUUACCGGAACAAGCCAAGUAGUGGGUCACCAGCCUUUGCAGACUCUGGCAGAUCCGUCAUCGAUUUCUGUUGAAGACACACUUCGGAUGCCGCUCGAUGCGGCAUGGGAUUCUCGCAAUCCUCUUGCCAGGGACCAACGUCUGCCGGACCUCAGCAGGGCUGAUCGUCUGAACAGUAGCUUAUCAUCUGUUCAAUAUGCUUUGGGCCCAGGGGACCGCUCUGCCGGUAUUGCUACUGGUGGAGAUAACCUUCAACUUGGUGAUAUUGUUGAGCCAGGCAUGCAGACACACGAAUCAUGGCAGUUGCCAGCCGAAUACGAUUGGAACAUGCCUGGUCUUUCAUGGGAACCCGUUGAAAACAAUCACCAAGAUAGUGUUGAAGGCGGGUUGUAUUGGUUAUGGGACAUGACAUGGAAUGGGAUUGGGGGGUAA